AAAGCGGUUCAUGUGUCCUUCCAAGUCUCCCGCAAAGUUCAACUUUAUGAGAUGCAAGUUGGGACUGCAACGUCGGUUCUAAAUCCUACUUCGGAAUAUUUGAAUAGUCAAGGGACAUGGGUCACGUAUAUUUUGGUGAUUCUGGUAGUGCACUUCAUCUUACUAUGCGUCCCACUCUUCACUACCGCCGUUGUUUGGACGUUGACUUGUACUUUUCACAAUGUUGUUAUGUAUCGCUUGUUACACUGGGAGAAAGGAAGCCCGUAUGAAACAUUAGAUCAGGGAGAAUCUCGUGUUCUCACUCAGUGGGAGCAGUUUGACGAUGGUGAGCAAUUUUCACCGACGAAGAAAUUCCUCUUAGUUGUCCCGAUUGUUUUGUAAGUCCCAGUUACGUCCUCAUGUAAUUCUGCUUAUUUCUCCAUACCAAUAGUAGUUGAGACCAUUUUUGUUGUUGAUAAAUUUCAUUUUAAAUUUUGUUAAAGCAGAGGCUACAAAAUAUUAGUUUAUUACACACAACAUAGCAGCUGACACGGAUUUGUAUUGGUUCAAUUUAACACAUCACGCGUAGAAAUUGAUAAAAUGAGAAACAGUGGUGAGAACAAUACUAUGCUAUUGGAUUGUUACAUAUAGAUGGAGUGAAUAGACGCAACAUGAUAUCACUCAGAUCCCCGCAAACUGACUUCUACCAGUCGUAAAAUUAUAGGCCAUCGUGAUAUUCACGACUUAUGCAUAGUCAUUACCCAGUUCUUUUAUUCCUUGUCAUAUGUGUUAUCAAGGUUCAUUUGUAAAUUUAGACGACAAAAUUUAUUUGUGGUCACUUAUUUUUAUCUUGGAUGUUAAUUUCUGUUACUCUGACUUUGUAUUUAAAGCACUUAAUCUUAACCACUAAAUUACGCCUAUUACUUCUUGUAGAGGAACAUAAGCCGCUCACCAGCAUUCUCCAUCGAAUUCAUUCCUAGGCAAUCCUUUACAGUUGCUCUUCAUCCUUUUCAUGCUUGCUUCCGAUUCUCGAUACAGUCUGUUCCGUGGUCUUCCUUUUUUCCGUUUCCCUUCAGGAUUCCAAAUUAGCUCUUGCCUUGUGAUUCAGUUUCAUGAUUUCCUCGAUGUAUGUCCUAUCCACUUCCAACGUCUUCUCCUAAUUCCCUCUUCAACUGGAAGUUGGUUUGUUCUCUCUCACAGUAGGCUGUUACUGAUGGUAUCCGGCCAACGGAUACUAAAUAUCUUGUGUAGACAAUUGUUUUUAAAUACUUGUACAUUUUCGAUGAUGGUUGUGAUAGUUCUCCAAGUUUCAGCUCCAUACAGUAGAACUGUCUUCACGUUCAUAUUAAAGAUUCUGAUUUUGAUAUUGGUUGACAAACAGUUGUUUCGAGUUCCAUAUGUUCUUCAACUGUAGAAAUGCUGCCCUAACUUUGCCAACCCUUACGUUUGGGUCUGCAUAGAUGAUGCUAACCAGGUAUGUGAAAGUUCCACCAAGUGUGAUUGGGUUGGUGUUCUCCGUGUUGUAUUUAAGGAUUCUGCUUUCUCCUUUGUGUAUGUUGAGGCCUACUGCUGAAGAGGUAGAGGUUUCUGCUACACUGGUUGUCUUGACCUGCAUUCGUUGAUGUGUAUGGGAUAGAAAGGCCAGGCCAUCUGGGAAGUCCAAAUCGUCUAGUUGCAUCCAAGCCAUCCAUUGUAUUCGGUGCUCUCCCUCAGAUAUCGAGGUCUUCAUAAUCCAGUUGACCGUCAGAAGAAAGAAGAAGGAGGAGAGUAUGCAGCCUUGUCUGACUCCGCUCCUCACUUGGGAUGUAUCUGUCAGCUGUCCUCCGUGCACCAAUUUGCAGUGUAGUCCGUCGUAUGAAUUACAGAUGAUGUUGACGAUCUUCUCAGUAACCUCACAGUGUCGAAGAAGGCUCUAUAAGGUCCUUAUAUCCACACUGUCAAACACCUCAUAGUCAAUGAAGUUGAUGUAUAAUGACGAAUUCCAUUCAAUUGAUUGCUCAACAGUAAUUCGUGGUGUCACGAAUCGGUCUGUGUACGACCGAUCCUUACGAAAUCCAGCCUAUUGAUAUCGAAACCGGACGUCCACUGAAUCUUUCAUCCGGUUCAACAACACUAUUGAAAACUUUUCAUGGCAUCGAUAAUCAUGUGACACUUCUGUAGUUCUCACAUUUGCUCAGGUCUAUUUUUUUUUUGGAAUUUUGAUGAGAUAUGCUUCUUUUCAGCCUGUCUGUGGCACUUGUUCCUCUUCCCAAAUCCUUACUGAAUAGAACGUGGAGCAUGUUUGCAGUUGCUUGUAUUUCUGACUUCAGUGCUUCAGACAGUAUAUUGUUAGGUCCCGCUGCUUUUCCACUGUUGAUUUUUCUGAUGGCCAUCCUGUUUUCUUCGGUCGUUGGUGGAGUGACAUCUAUAGGAAAGUUUGUAGGUGCUGCUUCGAUUUCCGGUGGAUUUAAUGGAGUUGGCCUAUUCAAGAGUUUCUUUCAACCAUUAAGCAGGUCACAUAUUCGAACCCCGUUUCAUCAUCCAUCUCACUUCUGCUAAUUGAAUAAUACAACUCACAUUCGCAGUAUGUUACAAAGCCAGAUACAUAGACCUGUGUUUGCUGAAUAAGUUUGAUCUAACAAUAAUGUGUCGAGCUAUGGCUAGUGUUAAAAUUAAAUAGAAGUUUUAGCGUUCUAAUCGUUCUGUGAACUCGAGAACUAGUGUUUUAUUUAAUCAUUACCUUUCAAAGUAUUAACCUUGUUAUAUAAAUAUAUCCAUACUAUCAAAUGCCUUCUCGUAGUCAAUGAAGUUGAUGUCGAGUGAUGAAUUCUAUUCAAUUGAUUGUUCCAUAAUGGUCCGUAGUGUUGCGAUUUGGUCUGUACACGAUCUAUUCUCACGGAAUCCUGCCUGUUGGUCUCGAAGUUGUGCGUCUACGGAGUCCUUCACUCUGUUUAACAACACACUGUUGGAGACUUUUCCUAGUAUUAAGAGAAGAUUGAUGUCUCUGUAGUACUCACACUUUCUGAGAUCGCCUUUCUUUGAUAUCUUGAUCAGGUUUCCUUCUUUCCAGUCCGUUGGUACUUGUCCUUCAUCCCAAAUUUUACUGAAGAGAAUGUGGAGUAUCUUCACAGUUACUGCUAUGUCUGCUCCCAGUGCUUCCUCUGGAAUGUUGUCUGGUCCUGCUGCUUCACCGCUCUUGAUUUGUCUGAUGAUCAUGCUGAUCUCGUCAGUUGUUGGUGGGCCAACGUCGAUUGGUAGGUCCGUAGGUGCUGCUUCAAUGUUGGGUGGGUUCAGUGAUGCUGAUAGAUUGAAGAGUUCUUUGAAGUGUUCUAUCCACCUGAUUCGCUGUUCUUAAAUGUUGGUGAUUACUUCGCCUUCCUUGCUCUUCAUUGGUCGUUCUGGUCUACGAUAAUUUCCAGUGAGCUUCUUUGUUGUAUCAUGCAAUGGCCUCAUGUUUCCUUCUCUUGCAGCCUUUUCCGCCGUCAUUGCUAGAUCUUCCACAUUUUUAUGUUUAUCGGUUCUGGUGCUCCUCUUCACUUGCCUGUUUACUUCCGUGUAUUUAGCGUGUGCCUUGGCUUCUUCUGCUCUUGGUCGGCUGGUAUUGAUUGCUGCUUUCGUGUUCCUCCUUUCUUAAAUCAUAUCCAGUGUAUCAACAGUGAUCCAUUCCUUGUGACGGUGCUUCUUGUGGCCCAGAACCUCAUGACAUAUUGAAGUAAUUACCUCCUUUAUCUCUUUCCAGUUGCUCUCCAUAGUAGUUCCUUCUCCAUUGAGUAGAUCAUGAAAGGCCUGGAACCUAUUGCUGAGGGCUAUCUUGAAUUUGUUGAGUUUGUCAGUAUCCCGAAGAAAAGCCGUAUUAAGCUUUUGUGAUGUUGUCCGCCCCAUUGUCCAGUAAUUCUUAAGUUUCAAUUUCAUCUUGGCGACCAGCAAGUGAUGAUCUGAUGCUAUAUCAGUUCCUCUCUUGGUUCUCACAUCCUCCAUCGCCCUCCUGAACUUUUUGUCGACUUCGUUCUGUGUAGUGUGAUCCGGUGAAGUCCAUGUGGUUUUGUGUAUACGUUUGUGUGGGAAUAUCGUGUCGUCUAUGACCAAUUUAAUGAAGGCAUAUAGGUUUGCAAAUCUCUCACCAUUUCUGUUCCUUUCUCCCAGUCCGCGUCGUCCCAUGACGUCUUCAUAUCCGGUGUUGUCCAUUCCAGCCUUGGCAUUUAGGUCUCAUCAGAAUGAUCAAGUCCUUUGUUGGGCACUUCUCGACGAUUGACUGCAGCCUAUUGUAGAAUUGAUCUUUAGCGUCUUCAUUGUAGUCGUUGGUAGGCGUAUAGCAUUGGAUGAUGUUCAUUGAAAUGCCCUCUUUGUUUUGAAGGAGGCUUUGAUGAUCCUUGGUCCAUGAGAUUCCCAUACUAUAAGUGCAUGUUGUGCUUGUUUGGAUAACAUCAAUGCAACUCCUCGUGUAUGUGGGACAUUUUCUUCUUGAUAGCCGGAGAAAAAUAGAAGUUCCCGUGAAGCUAGUCGUUGUAGUCCAACUUGCGCCCAAUAUGUUUCACUGAUUCCAAGCACCUCUAGGUUUUAUCUUCUCAUCUCUGCAGCAAUUUGGAAGGCUCUUCCGGUUUCCCACAUUGUACGAGCAUUCCAUGUACCUAAAUAAAUGGUCGCUCUGGUUGUCAGAAGGGGCUUCAGCCCCGUGACUUCCGAGGGAACUCGGCUUUCACUAUGAGGCGUCAUAACUCUUCUAAAUGAAGACCUUCUAACUCCCAGGACAGAGUUUAAAUGGUUUGAAUUAUUUUUCUGGUUAGCGUUUUUUUAUCGAGUUAGUUUUUUACGGGGUGGGGUCGCUCACCCCAUGCCCAACCCUCCUCCUUUAUCCGGGCUUGGUACCGGCAGUAGCCCAAGAAGGGCUCCAGACGGAGUUACGUUACAGAGUAACGUAAGAAAGUUAAUUUCACUGGUUGUUUCUGUCAUUAGAUAUUAUUGCAGCUCAAUAUUUAGUUUUAAAAUUUUUUCAAAAAGUUUGUUUUAAAAAAUGGGAAUCAGUGCUCCUGUUCGAAAUCAUGCAUCAUAUCAUAAGUCUUACUUAGCUUGUGCGUAAAGCAUGUGACUUAUUGUUUGGAGCACUCGACGUUCAGGAACGUCAUAACAAACAAAGCACUAAUGUGCCUACUUCACUCUGGACUGCUAGAUGGUGUAACCCAAUGCUAAACACACGAACGUGUAACUGGAUAUUGAGCUACGUUAAAUUUAUGCUACAUAAAUUCUUAGACAUAAUUUAACUUCUGAAGAUACCAGCCGGUUAUACAAGCCCGAUCUAAGGAAAACAAAUCAAGAGGAUAAAUUCUCAACAUUUGUGUGUUCAGUAGGAGUUAUCAUGAAAUGUUGAUCGUCCUUCUCUUAAGUAGUCGGUAAUUGUGAACGAAUCUGAAAUGUACGACAGGUUUUGCCUACAAAUUUGCUUAGAAACUGUUAUGUUUCGACUGUUGUUAGGAUAACCUUCGUAAACAAUAAUCAGGUCAUUGAAGUCAGUCUUUUAAGAUAGUGACGCUAAUAAAUUGUCAACAUAUCUGAAUACACAUAGCGGACCAGGGUAUUACUGACAUAAUAUACCAUGGAUACUAGCAAUCCUUCGGAGACAACGAUCACCGGGCACAAUGAGUCACAGAAUAUCUCGGGCCUGGAGAGAAAAUCAUGAUAACAGCAAAGAGGAGAAUAGGACUUGCUCCAUUAUCACCUAUGUAAAUACAGAUUUAAAAAUAAAAUCGUAAAUAAAGAUUACCAUUAAUUCACACGAUCUGUUUAACCUGCAUAUAGGUCCGUAAAAGAGAAAAAUCUAUACAGGUUAUUGGAAUAUCUUCUAUUUAGUGAAGCAAGUGAGGGAGAGAGAGAGUAUAAAACAACUUAAGUAAUUUUCAAGAAGCAAAAUAAACACUGACCUUCUUAACAAACUUUUUUCUAACAAGUACAUACAAAUGCAUUACUGAUAAAAUUUGUUUGCAUUAAGUAUCCAACUCUUAAUAUGUUUUAUGUAAACCGUUUAUAUAUGUAUGUAAAGUUUUAAUGCCUUCAUGCAAAUAAUUAAUAAAUUACAUUUUCUCAGUCACUUAAACAUUUUCCCUUCAUAUGAUGGUGGUAGGGAGUAAACGACAGGAAACUCUGGACCUGGGUUUCAUGCUACUUGACACUCAUCAGCAAGGUGUACCUGUAAUCCUGAGGGAACUGGUGCUCCCUGGUGGAUUCGGUCCCGUGUCACCCAGCUUCACAGUCAGAGAAGAGACGUUACCACUGAGUUAUCUGGGCCGCGACUGACCUGUAGGACUGAGAUGAUUUACAACUGAUUGAUCACUGGGUGGUGAUCAAUGUCAUUUUUGUUAGGUGAAAAAUCAACUAUUUCAAAGUAGGCAUUGUCUUUCAAACCAACUUUUUUAACUGUUUAGAACUUGGUUUACGUACAACUAUCUGAAUAUGGGCUUUACUUAUAGAUUGCUAUCAAUCCAGACUACCCAGUAGCUACAUUUUAGACAAAUGAGAACUUCGGGUUUUUUCCAGUGUUUGUCUGUUUUUAACGCGAAUAGCACAUUAAUCGAAAAUUAUCAAAGUCAUCUCGAAAAGAACAUUCACGCCUACACCAAACAGUUAUUACACAAAAUAUAAAAUACAAGUGACACAGUUACACUUAUAUAAGAUAGACAAAUAGAUAAUAUCUUAUCGAUUGCUAGUCUAUACAAUAAAAAAAAUUGCAAACAACAAAUUUCAAUCAAAUAAGGUCAAUGGUGACUGUGUUAACACAAUUAUCUGGGUGAUUUGGUUAUGAAAUUUAUCUAACAACUAAACUUAAGCACCUUCAAUACUCCCUCUUAAUUCAUUGAUUUACUAUACUUACUAACUAGUAGGACAGUAGUGGUGUUCAGUCACUCACAUUUUAUUCUCAAGAGGUCAUUUUUGUAAAAAUACUAUAAUGUAUAUCCAGACUACUUUUUGUAUUUGUCUGUUAUUAUUACCAUUAUUAUAUAUUGUAAAGGUUAAACUGCUCACUAUUUUGGCAAUGUUAUUUUGUGAGGUGAACAACACAUUAAAACUAUGCUUUAAUAGAAGAUUAAAUCUUUUUUUUAAAGAAAACGUAUAAAGACCAAUAAAUGACAUUUGUUUGUUCUAUAAAUCAUCAUCGUCAAUGGAAAAUUCUAAAACAGCAAGGUUCUUUUUUAACAUAAAAAUAACUCAUUUCACAGAUAUAACCUGGCUGGCCGCCUGUCUAAACUAUAUGCUUAUGAUCGAAUAGUUCAACUUUCAACCAAUUUGCCUGCACGUCCAACUCUCUCAGACAGUCAAUCGUUAUAGCUGACUGACUCCCUCUACCUGCCUACUUAAAUUGAAACAAGCUGGUAGAUAUUAUUAACAGUCUUUAUGUGUGCACACGUGAAAAGUGUGCUUUAAAAUUGAACUACACUAAUUCUUGUAUGUGGACCGCACAUUAAAUGGUAAUCGCUAUCAGAAUGUGUCUGAAUUUUAUCGGUCAAACACAUAGCUCAGUUUUAUGUAUAAACGUAUUUUUUUAAAGUGACCCUCUCAGUUGCUUUCAAGUCUUUGCUUUUUUUGCAAUUCUUAUUUUUAGAUUCUUACUUGCAAGUUUCUACACAGAAUACGACCCUCUUCAUUGUUUUAUCAACGCAUCGUCAAUGAUUGUUCUAGCCGUACUUCCUAAGUUGCCUCAGUUUUAUAGGGUUCGUUUUUUUGGUAUCAAUCGUUGGUAGUCCCAUUUUUUCUUAUGCUCACAUCCUUAUAUUAAUAAAAACAAUAAUAGUAACAAUUAAAUUACAUUCGGUGUUUUGUUUCCUCCUCUGUAUUCGGUUUAUUGUAUUACAGUUGGAAGAGAGAAAAAAGGACAUUUCACCCUUUCCACUUCGAAAAGUGCACAGAUAUCAGAUAGUAAUUGUCGACUUCUCUUUUUUACUUUGUGAUAUUGUGUUCAACCCCUCUUACAUACACUUAUGUGAUAUCUUACCAAAAAAUUGUUCUUAAGAUAUGUACGCUGGGUAUGUGUUUUUCUACUUUUAAAAAGUUUUUUUACUACCAUUUUUCAAGUUUCCAAUUAAUAUUUGUACCUUUAUAUUAAGCUGUGGAUGUGUUUUUUCCUUUCUAUCUCUGUAUCAAACUCACUUCUAAUUGGAAUAUAAUUAUCGUUAGUGUUAUAAUCUCUUUCUUACGGUAUAGCCCAGCUAUUCCUAUUGCUUGAUAUUCUUGGACACCAAAUCACUCGACAAGUCCCCUAAUCAGAACACGGUUGAACAGGAAAGAGAUUAUAUAUUUCAAAUAACAAGGUUAGAUGCAAGUAAGAAGCACAAUAGAGAAAACGUUAGUAUAUUUAUAGUUUUUACAUGAGAAGAUUCUAGAGCAUUCUCCAACUAUCGACUAGUGCACCAAAGCAAUUGUGCAUUGAGCAUGCUUUAAUCCAGUCUAUGUCCCGCUAACAGUUAGUAAAAUAGCUUCAUGAUAUAUAAUCAGUGACGGUUAACCUUAGGAAAGAGUCAAUAUGUAACUCCAUAACUUAAUUGUAUUCAUCGGUGAAAAGUAGUAUCUUGACUUCUAGAUGUUGUAAAUUGUGUCCAUCCAUCAAGUUAUUGACUAAUUAAUGUUAAGUACUCCCCAUCUCAAUGUAUUGAACUUUUCAGAUAAUUAAAAUAACCCAUAGUGUCAUUUGAAUAGUAAAAAGAAUUCAGCGAAGAAAAUUUUGUCGGUGAAAUCAUUUACUUAAGCUGUACAUUCGUAUAUAUACUUAUAUGGAAAAUAUAUGUCUAUAGGAGGAUAGAAAAGAUUGCAUCACAAAAACGGAUUCGAGAAUAAAUAAUAAAUGAGGUUGCGUAAUAAUCAAGGGGUAAGGAUGGGAAUAAUUUAUGGGUCAGAUAAUAGUCCGAUUGACAGAUAUGAAGAAAAGCGACAACCACAAAGGUCAUAAUAAUAGACUGAAUAAUCAACGAAACUUGCAUAAUAACAAUAACUGAAAAUGCAAAACAGUAAUUUAAAAAAUUCGAUAAUAAUCAAAUAAAUGUGCAGAAGAAAAAACAGGAACAUAUCCAUUAAGGGAAUUAGGGCCAAGGAAGGGUGAAAGGUUGGGCAAAUCAUUUCUGCACGCAAGGUUCAGGCUUUAGUUCGUGGAUUGCCAAUGCCUCAGCAAUGCAUAGAGUAUUGAUUCGAUCCAGUUCCUUUAACUCUGUAGAUUACUUUAAGAGAAGAUUCCUUUGGAGCGAUGUGUCCACAGUUAAUUAAAUGCUGCUGUAUCGAACUAGUUUGAAUAAUUCUUCUGGUUAGUGUUUUUCAGCAAGUUAGUUUUCUAUGGGAAGGGGUCGCUAACCCCAUGCCCAACCCUCCUCCUUUAUCCGGGCUUGAGACCGGCAGUAGCCCAUGGAGGGACUCUUCAAUAAUAUUUGGGAUGAGGAACAUGUACUAACAGACUGGAAAGAAGAAAACCUGAUCAAUAUAUCAAAGAAAGGCGAUCUCAGAAAGUGUGAGUACUACAGAGACAUUGUAGGGCCAGUGAAAUGUCACUGAGCCCUAGCCAAAUCAUCCGGCAGUUGGAUCACUGAAUGUCGAACAGAUCAUCGCUCCCUGCCAAGGUCAUGUACAAGCAACGCGCAUUAGUUAAUCAUACGCCAUGGACUGGCCCAUGCGGCAGUGGUCUUACUUUCGCUUGUAUCUACUUUAACUAAUAUAUUUCUGUAAUAACGUCCUUUGUGUUGUACAGUCUUCAAAGCAUCUAUAGUACCUUGUUACGUCAAUGGGGGUAGUCCACGUAAGGUGUUGACCACGAGGUGUGACUUCGACGUUAGUUGGUUCGUCACACCAUUCACGUCUAACUCGAGUCGGCCUCCAAUCAUUUCGACAUAGAUCAUCUACGUUGGUGAUCUACACUGGUGAGCAAGACUUCGAAUAACGCAACCUAUCACUAUAAUCUUUAUUAUUGUAUUCUAUACUUAUUCUUCUUCAUUUUUAUCAUCGCCUAUGUUAAUCUGUUACUGUGAACUUUCGUUGCUUCAUGUCAAUGUUGAUUAGCAUUUAAACCUAGAUAAUUCGUUCAAUCGACAGAACUAACCAAUCAACUACGAUUAUAAUCGGCUAUCGUGGUUCUUUAACAAGCAUUAGCAGCAUGUAAAUGCUCCUGUGUAAUAUGUCUGUUAAAAUAUCAACCACUCGUGAGUAUAGCCACAAGGCAACACGAACGCAUAUCUCUUUGUACCUUAUCCACUGGUAUAAAUAAGACAAGAUAAACUAUCGACUAUAAAUUCAUCUUUCUGCUUAACCACUAUCCACUAGAAUGUUCUGCUUUUUUUUACCACUGCCUGCCUAAUUUCCAAUUGCUGAGUUCCAUGGCCAAACAGAGGAUACGAAUGCUAUAAAUUUACGGUGAGUUUGAACUAUAAAUUUCCUGCGAUCUUAGAUCUCGUUUAGACUGUUCGUCAGUCUACAAUGCUGUGUUAAUCGAAAAAUUUAAUCAACAGUACCUCGUACAUAAUCCAGAUUCAAACUACUGCCUACUUCAUAUCUUCAUUACUGAGAGGCAAGAGUAACCCAGGCGAGUUUCAUAAUUUCAUUAGAUUAUUUCGUACUAUAUUUAUGAUGCGUGAUAACAUUUCGUAGUUGCUUUCACGUAAACUAGUCAUAUAUUCUGUCACUGCCGUCAAGUUUUAGUCGAAAUCAUGUACAUUUAUGACUCGUUAGUCGACAUACUGUGGUAAAACAUAUUGCAUGUACACGAGCACGCUUAGUCCAUGUCCCAAGUACACAUGUUGUCGUACUUAAUAUGUCACUUAAUGCUAGGUAAUAAGCUCUUUGUAUCAUCCUUUUACGAAAUGGCCACGUUACCUGGACCCUCUAAACCUUAGUUACAUUGGUGGUUACCAUUUUAAUUAAUGUUUAUUAUACCCCUUGUAUUUGCUAAUAAUUCACACGGUAAAUCAUGGCUCGAUUUCCUUAUUACACAGCAGUCAUUUUAAUUCUAUUUUCGGUUUAUUUACAUGCGAUACGGGUUUAGAAAAUAUCUAAACGUCCUCGAAAAUUCUCCACGAACCCAACCAUAGUUUUCGUAUAUGUUUUUAUUCACACAUCCAACUGUUACGCUAAUCAUACCUAAGCGAACGUUCAGUGCAACUGUCAGUAUACGUAAGAACGAUGUUAUUUAGACUUGACAUUGUAACACAUCUGAACUAUUGUAGUUCUACUUCGAUGUCGUACUUCAUUUUAUGAAGUAUUGUUUCCUCGUGGCUGUUGUUUAACAGAUGAUUCCGGUACAUCAAUCGGCUGUUCAACUACUCGACGAUUUACAACCUGUCCAGUUCAAUUGGUGGUCUGACGACAACAUCAUUCGCGCGAAUCAUCAGUUUAUGCAGUCGAGCGAAUCUCCUGCAAACUGAAAACGAUAUUGUCGCCUCUAUCCCAACACUGACAGCGUUUUUCACGGGUAUCAUUGACAUGAGUCCAGAGUGACACUCUUGGUUUCUUAUGUUCUUUUCGAUAUUUUUCUGUUCACUAACCGAACAAACACGCAGCAUUCACCGUUUAUCAUCUUUUAGAGACUUCAUCGUGCCACCUUUUGCUGUCGAUUUGUAGCCUUCAACCCUUACUGACUGUAACAGCAGUCAUCGACUUUUCAAA